ACCGGGCAUGCUCAGUAGGUAGGGCUCGUUUGGAACACACCUGCCUUGAACCAAGGUUUGCAACGCUGCUUGUUUCAGGAUUCGACGCAUCUUCGUUCUCGAGUUAGAGCGAGAUAUCACAGUCCCUCCCAUCCCCUUGGCGCCCACACUUUUUAAUUUUAUCCCUGCGCCCAAUUUUGGAGCCAGCCCUCCUGGCUCUCCCGGCCAAUCAAGAGCCCACACAUUGUUGCCUAAGAGACCCCGGAUGCCGGCGACAGGAUUUACAGAUGGCGAUUGGACUGCCGCAAGCUGGGAGGGGUGCGGGGCUGGGGGCAGUCAAAGAACAAGCUGACCUCACGCAACUAUGGCAACGUCAGCGCUUGAGGCUUGAAGAGGGAGACGAGCUAAAAGAGGUAUAAUCUUUCUUACGGAAGAAGAGCCACUUAUUUCAGGAUGGCAUUUGCACCUCCAAAAAGCAUAAAUGGCCCCAAAAUGCAGACAAAGAUGAGUACCUGGACACCCCUAAACCAUCAGCUUUUGAAUAACCAGGUAUUUGAAGAAAGAAGAGCCCUGCUUGGAAAAUGGUUUGACAAAUGGACAGACUCUCAAAGGAGAAGAAUCCUCACGGGCCUGUUGGAGCGCUGCUCCCUGUCACAGCAGAAGUUCUGCUGUCGAAAGCUUCAGGAAAAAAUUCCAGCAGAAGCCCUGGAUUUUACUACCAAGCUUCCAAGGGUGUUAUCUUUAUACAUCUUUUCUUUCUUGGAUCCCCGAAGCCUUUGUCGUUGUGCACAGGUGUGCUGGCACUGGAAGAACUUAGCAGAGCUGGACCAGCUGUGGAUGCUCAAGUGCUUACGGUUUAACUGGUGCAUCGAUUUCUCUCCGACGCCUUUUGAGCAGGGGGUCUGGAAGAAGCACUACAUUCAAAUGGUGAAAGAACUUCAUGUUACCAAGCCUAAGACACCUCCAAAAGAUGGAUUUGUAAUUGCUGAUGUCCAGCCAGUUACAAGCAAUUCUCCAGAGGAAAAGCAGUCUCCUCUAUCGGCUCUUUGGUCAUCUUCCUCUUUAAGGAAGAACAAUAACCCAGGGAAGAAAGAACUUCCACCUUGGAGAUCCUCUGAUAAGCACCCAACUGACAUCGUUCGCUUUAAUUACCUAGACAACUGCGACCCCAUCCAGAGUGUCUGGCACGGAAGAAAGAAGAGAAAUGAGAUGACCCCAGACUUUGGCCGACAGUCACAUGAUAAGAAAAAUAAAUCGCAGGACAGAUCUAGGCUAAGAAAAGCACAGUCACUGGAUGUAAAACCUCCUUCCAUCUCUAUGGUAAAUUCGACUCGAUUUACACAAGGAAGCGAGAUCUUAGAGGUCUAGGAGGCCAAGAAAAUGAAAGCUCCUUGGGACAACUCACAAAAGACAAGGUGAUGAGCUCUGGAUUUCCUCGGCCCUGGAAUUGGAAUGAGAGGACCCCAGCUGACAUCUUGCUUCACUUUUUUUUUUUCCUACUAAGUAUAAAAACAAAUACCUUUUGUCUCACCCUGAACUUUUAACAGGGGAGUUAGAAGGCCUCACUUUCUAGGUCCUUCUCUAAAAGCUGUCUCAGAGCAUUCACCCAAAUCCAAGUAACACAAGUCUUUAAUCCCCUGCUUACUCUAAUUGCCUUAGAUUAGACCUUAUCUUUUCCUGUGCUCUGUUAAUUCCAGCCUCUGAAAUUACCUUCAGAUAACUUUACAGGGAUAACCUGAUUUUUUAAAAUGCUUCUUCAAGCUUUCUCACUUUUUUUCCUCCCUGGGUCAAAAGAGGGAAAAAAAAGAGAAAUAUACUCUAAAGUGAUUCUGGGAUCAUGUUGUGGAAAGAACAAUGGUUUAAGAAUCAGGAAACCUUGCUUCUAGUUUCAACUCUACUGUUAGCCAGUAGUCAUUCAGCUGCCUGGAGUUUUCAUUUUCCCACUUACAAUAUAAGAGUUUGGGUGGCUCAUGCCUGUUAUCUCAGCACUUUAAGAGUCUGAGUUGGAAGGAUCACUUGAGGCCAGGAGUUUGAGACCAGCUUGGGCAGCAUAGCAAGACCCCAUGUCUACAAAAAUA